GCGUUUUUGUGUGUAAUUCUAACUCCACCACUGGAUUCCUCAUUGAUUCAUCAAAUAAUAUUCAUAAGUGAAAAAGUUAUAACCACAAUGAGUGCAUAGAUACUCACUCUGACUUGAAAUCGUCAUUUCUGUGAAUAUAGUGAUGACUAGUUAUCGUAAGAAGUUCCACAUAAAAAUCGAAUUAUAAUGGUAUUUUGAGAAGUUUGAGCUUUUGGUAGUUUCUGAAUUGGUAGAACCAAAUGAAUUGAACCUAUGUCUCUAAGGAAGAACAUGACCAUACUAUGUGUUCAACUGUUUCAUCUUUCAUACAACAGAAUUGUGGAUACCACCGUCCACCAUCCUCAUCUUGACAGCAUGUUUCGUCGGUCUUCACCAGUCUCCUCUGCCGUGUUCCUGCUGGGAGAAUUACGAACCAGUGAUGUACCCGCACGGUACCAUCUGUGAGAAGAAGUCCCUACCGACGAGGAGUUACAAUUGUAAUGUCGACCAGCCACCACCUUGCGUGUGCAUCCACAAAGAAGGUGCGAAAGUCGUGCAGCUUCCUGUAGGAGAAAUGAAUUGUGUGGACUAUUCGCCUGGCGUCCACGAGCUGUCUGGCGUCCGGCUGCCUCUGCAGCCCUACCAGGGCGGCCAUGCCGUCUUCAUGUACAGCACGGCCUCCGACGGCAACGUCACGCUGCAGCUCAAGGAGCCAGACGACCUCGACAGGAACAGCCUGGCCGCCAUGUUGGCGCGGCUGCAGGACGAUGCCACCUUUUCGAUCAGUUAUCAGGACACGGAUAUACUGGCCGAAGGGAUAGACGUGCUGCUGGGCUCUGGAACGGCAAAUUCCAGUGAGUAUGACAUUUGA